AUGUCAGAAGAGGAAAAUGACACUCCUCGCACUGCCGCGGUUUCAGUAAAACUUCCGGAAUUCUGGAAGACGGAUCCAGAAAUGUGGUUCGCAGAGGCGGAAGCGCAGUUUGUCUUAGGCAACGUCAUGAAGGAUGAAACUAAAUUUUACCACAUCAUCGCAAAAGUGGACCAUUCGGUAAUCUGUCACAUAGCCGAGUUGGUUGCAAAUCCACCACUACAGGAGAAAUACAAAGCCAUUAAAGAUAGGCAUAUCGUACGGUUUGCUCUCUCUCCACAAGCCUGGUUUGAACGGUUACUGGGAUCGUCCGAUCUCGGUGACAUGCGCCCUACACAUCUUUUGUCUAAGAUGCAGGAACUCGCAAACGGACUAAAUGUCAACGACGAUCUCCUCAAAAUGCUGUUUCUGCAACGGAUGCCAGCCCAUAUUCGACCCGUAUUGACCAUCAGCGAUGAAACGUUAGCCAAGCUAGCGGAAAUGGCCGAAACCCCGCAAACAGCUGCCGUAUCUAUUAAAUCCGAGGCAAAUAAAGAGAUGCAAAAAAUUAAGGAACAACUGGAGGUGCUCAGCACGGAACUUCGUCGAUUCAAGCCUGGCCUGACUCAGGAUAUCGAUCGUCGUCGUGGUCGAUCGUCGUCACGCUCCAGAAGCGAAUCAGAGGUAUGCUGGUACCAUCGGAAGUACGGAAAACAUGCAGAACGAUGCAAGCAGCCGUGCAAUUAUAACCAACCAAAAAACUAA